UGAAUUCUGGGAAAUAGUAAAGUUUCCCCGCUGAAAAGUUUGAACGAGCGUUUCGUGUUUCUCCGGCAAGUUUUAAGUGCUGCUGAAAUUAGUGAAAAUUUUCAUUGAAUCUACAUUUAAAGCAAGAGAAUAUUCUGUUUAAUUAUGGCGUAUCAAGGACCAGCAUAUGGUCUAAGUAGAGACUGCAUGCUAAAGGCUCAAGCAAAAUUUCAUAUACAAGAUGCUCUUGUUGCCUUGAAGUGGAUAAGAGAUGUCACACAGUUAAAUCUGGAUCCUCCAGGUUCAGAUAAGGGUGUGCAAGAUCAAAUUGAUUUUGCAAAUGUGUUAAAAGAUGGAUUAGCUUUGUGCACAUUAAUAAAUAGGCUUCAGCCUGGAACAGUGCCAAAAAUAAAUACAAUGAAAACUCCUUUUAAGGAGAGAGAAAAUCUGGAGAUGUUUCUGAAAGGCUGCGAGUUGUAUGGAUUAAAAAGGCAUGAUUUAUUUCAAGUUAAUGAUUUGUAUGAAAAGAAAAAUCUGUAUACAGUUGUAAACUGCAUCUUUGCACUUGGUGGAAUGGCUAAGAAGAAGGCUUUUGAUGGUCCUACAAUUGGUGUUAAAGUUGCUGAUGAGAAUAAGAGAAUAUUUUCUAAAGAAAAAUUGGAAAUGGGUAAAACUAUUAUAGGACUACAGUCUGGAUCUAAUCAAGGUGCAUCACAGAGAGGAAUGACACCAUAUGGUGCUCCUAGACAAAUAUUGCCAGAUGGGAGGUGAAUGCAUUAGAGGUGUUAUUAUGUGUAUAAAUUUUUAUUAGUUUUUUUUUUCAUCACCAUUUUCUUUAAUAAUCUGUGCAUCUCAUUAUUUUUGAUCAUCAUUAUAUCUUGUAUAUUUUGCUUAUUAAAUUAUAGAAUAGUUGUAAAAUUUCAAACAUUUUAAAUGUUUUAUUAAUCAGUUAUCGAAAUGUUCAAGAUAUUUUUUUGCUGUUUCUGAUGGAACCUUUUUUUUUUAUUUUGUUGUUUAAUAAGUAUUUUUUUGUAAACAGGGUGGUAAAUAGAAGAUAAUACACCUGUCCAAGCUUUAACAAUAUGGACUAGUUUUCUUUUCCUAAUUUGUAUACAUUUUUACAUUGCUUUAAUGCUGCCAGAAUUGUACAAAAUUCAAUUAAAAUUUGUAUUUUUGAGUAACUUUUUCUCAGGUUUUUGCAUUUUUGUGCAUUUAUUUUAAUGUAUUUUAAUAUUGCUCCUUUGUAUUUGAAUGUUUGAUAUAAAAUAUCUUGUACAGAGCAAAAUGUUGCCAAACUCUUUUAAUGCUAUUGUAUAAAUAU